UUGUUUAUCAUUAUUGUGGGCAUGAUAAUUGUAAAUAUGAUCAACUUAAUACAGCCGGGUAUAUAGUACAUUAGAGUGAAGCCAGGCUCGGUCUGUCAGUAGCGGAAGUGUUUCUGCUCAUCUUUUUUUUUUUUUGUUUCUGCUCAUCUUUCGUCCUCAUGGCUCAUUUCCAUGACGGUGUCACUAUAGGCUGGGUGGCUAUGGACAGCUCACACCUGAUUGGCCAGCCGUGCUGUCCCUCAGAUCGGAACUUUGUUCUGAUUGGCUUAUCGUGCCAACCUGGUGUGCAGCUUUUUUUUUUUUUUUUUUUUAAUCAAAGCAAACACUUCCAAGAUCUCUCAGAAACGGAUCUGCUCGCUGCUUUAUCAAUAAAGGCGAAGCUUCGGUGUCUUCCUCAUCCCUGCAGCUGAGAACUGAUGCAGAGGCGCUUUUCGCUGACAGAUGAGAGGCAGCCGGCUGAAGUUUGGACGCACAGAGCAGCUCUGAGUUGAAGAUGCAGACUUCAAAGAACUUUCGGUUGGAUGAUUUUAUUGCAGGAUGGAUCGGAGGAGCUUCCAGUGUGGUCGUGGGCCAUCCGCUGGACACAGUGAAGACACGGCUCCAGGCGGGGAAAGACUACAAGAGCCCUUUGCACUGCAUCCUCGCAAUCUACAGGCAGGAAACGUGAAGAGGCAGACAGCCAACAAGAGGAGAGAGAGAGAGAGAGAGGGGAGGGCCAUGGGCUUCUUUAAAGGCAUGUCUUUCCCGCUGGCCAGCAUCACCGUCUACAACUCAGUGGUGUUUGGCUUCUUCAGUAACACACAGAGACUUAUAAGCAAGUAUCGUUAUGGCGAUGGGCGGCAUCCCUGUGGCAUGCUGGACCUGACUGUGGCCAGCAUGCUGACUGGACUGGUAUCAGUGGGCCUGGGAGCCCCGGUGGAUCUGGUGAAGAUCAGACUGCAAAUGCAGACUCAGACGGAUCUAGCAGAGAACGUGCACCUUGCUGGCAACGUAUCGAGCUGCACCAACAUCCCUCUGCGCUCCGUCGACAUCCAUAGCCAGAGACUCUACCGAGGUCCCAUCCAUUGCAUCAUUAGCAUCCUGCAGACCGAGGGCCUGCAGGGCCUGUACAGGGGAGCCGGGGCCAUGAUCCUGAGGGACGUUCCUGGAUACAUGCUCUACUUCAUCCCUUACACCAUCUUCUGCGACCUGCUGAAGCCAGACGCCACGUCAAGCCCCCAUCCGUGUUUCAUCGGGCUGGCUGGAGGACUAGCAGGGUCCAUUUCCUGGGUCACGGCCACGCCAGCUGAUGUGGUGAAGAGUCGAAUGCAGGCGGACGCUCAGCCGCAGAGGAAGUACAGGGGAAUUUUACACUGCAUCAUCCUCAGCUACAAGACAGAGGGCGCUCAGGUUUUCUUCCGCGGAGCGUCAGUAAAUGCCAUCAGAGGCUUCCCGAUGAGCGCCACCAUGUUCCUGACCUACGAACUCUCCCUGCAGUUCUUCAGGGGGCUCUAGGACAAAAGGAAACAUGUUGGUGGUAAAAGAAAUCCCACUCCGAUUUUUGGCAAUUGAGUGCACAGCAAAAAGACCUCAGUUUCUUUGUGGCAAGAGAUUGGUUGCAGUUUAUUGUAGCUGUGGGUCAGCUGCUUCUGAGCUGAUGCAAAAAACACUGAACACACCACGGCUACGGCGGAGCGGUCGGAGACGAUCGUGGCCGUUUGACAAUGCUUGUGAUUUCACCAUACAGAAAAUGCAUCUAUUUUUGACAGAGGUCCUAUCUUUACAAUUAAGACAGACAAAGAAAGAAACCAGUUAACUACGUAGCCCAUUUACCCAUGGUAGAAGCACAAAAAUCAAGGAAAAAUUACCAAAAUCAACAAAAUCUGAGAAAGUGGGCAAAACCAGGCAGACAAAAUGCUCCACUCCUGAAACGCUUCCUGUGAGGGAUGAAGUCUUGCAGAGGACUAAACAAACCAGGAAAAAAAUGGCGCGUCUAAUAAACAGGCUACACGAUCGUCAAGCUAUCAGGUGUGAGAGUAAUGGGAACGUACCAGUCCUUUGGAGAUGUACAUCUACGGAAAUACAACUUAUUGAGAUUGUUUAAUUAUAGCUGAGCUGAAUUGUUUCAAUCAACUGACAAGUCUUUACUGCAGUUGUCCAUCAGAGUAAUGUUACGGGAUGAUGCGUAGCAAAUGCAUAUUGGCAUUCUGACUUCCCCUUUUAGAUUCCACAGCUUGCACAAUGUAUUCAGGGUGAAGCCAGAGAGGAUAUGAAUCAUGUGUUCAGCUGUGCUGACCAACAUUUUCAUAGCCACGAGAUUUCCUAUCCUUAAAUCUUUUCCCUAAAUUAACCCGUUCUGUAAAUGACGAGACAGCAAGUGGCCUGUCAUGGCUAAAAAAAACCCUUCUGAGCAGGUACAAUAACGGUGUUCUGUGGUGCUGGUUAAAAUAAUCUGCAAGAGCGCCGGUAAAUGGGAGUUCAGCAUAGCAAUGUCAACGGCGUAGCAACUCUCGGUACAAUGCGUCAUAGCUGCUACUAGUCGCAGUAUUAGAUCGUGCAACAGGGAUACUAUUUUUUCCCCCCACAAAGAUAGACAUCACUAAGCCCGGCGUGCAGACGGCCCCACAGCCUUUGAACGCUUCGCUGUGAAGUAAUGAAAUAUUGUAGCGCCGAGAUAUAUACUGACCAAAUUGUCACACAAAGAUUGUUUGAUCAAAGAUGUUUUAAACUAGCACUUUUAGUUUUGGAUGGUUGUCCUGUUAAAAGGUUCGGUGUGUGAUAUUUAGGAGGAUCUAUUGACAGAAAUGCAAUAUAAUAUCCAUAACUAUGUUUUCAGAAAGACCUUACAUAGUGAAGUGUUUUCUAUCUACAUAUCAUACACCGCAGGUCCCCCUUACAUGGAAGUCGCCAUGUUUCUACAGUAGCCCAAAUGGACAAAGUUGUUGUCUGGUUUAGAAGAAGCAAGAUGAGUAAAAUGUAUUAAUAAUUAUUUAGCACAAGAGCAGACAGAAUGUCUUCUGCCACCGUAGUUUCUCCUACACGCUUGGACAGUGAGGGGUGAGCGCCGACUCAGCCGCUGGUUGCAAUUCACUACCCUCACCACUAGAGGCCACUAAAAUUUACACACUGAACCUUUUUAUAAACUAAGAAUUAGGACACCAAAGUCAUCCAUGUGUUCCUGGACGGAGCCUCGACGGCAGUGCUGCGCUCUUAUGUGGUGUGUUAAGCUACUACAGGUCUAAAGGGGGGGAUUUGAGUCCGAGGCUGGACUCGAUUACACGAUUAAUGCCAACGUGUUACCCAUCACUGCUUUUUGACAGUACAUUUUGUGCCAACACUUAACUGGCAUGAGAAAACUGCAUGUUCAAUUCCAUAGUCUGAUUUUGCCGUCAAGCCAGUAUUGCUCUGUACGUAAAGCUACAUGGUUAUUUAAAUGGCAUAAAGUCCUGGAUAGAAACUACAUCAGCCCCUCUAGUAUCUCUGGGUGUUCAGUGGCUAUUAAAAUGACUAUAGAUUAUCUUAUGAACAUCAUUCAAAGUGACAUUAAUGUUGUUUUUGGCAGUAAAAGCAUGAUGAAAAAUAACAUAGCAGUAGUUGUCAAAUAUAUGCUGACAUGGGAAAUUCUAAAAUAUUAGUAUAACAAAGCUAACUUGCACUAAAAGCACAUGGAUGAUUUUGGUUUUUAGCAUUCUCAUUAUUUAAAUGGAGGAGUUGAGUAUUUCUAAUACCAAAGAACUCUGUGUUGCUGCCGAGGUAGGUUAUGUUGUGAGUUUGGGAUCAGUCUACCCUGUAACAGAACUUUACUUUGACAAAGACACGUGGAAGAAACCAUUAUAGUUCUGUGUGACCCUGAGAUAAAUAAGUAACACUAUAAUAUUUUGUUAUUACACAUUAUAAAAAACAGUAUUGAUUUUUCUCGAAAGCAUUCUAAAUGUUUAGGUUAGAGUCCAGAGAGGUGGAUGGUUUUUUUUGUUUAGUAUUUUAUAGAAAUUGAAUUGAUUCAGUUUAAUAAAACUUUAUUUAUCCCUGUGAGGGCAAUUGCAAUAUGAAGUCUAAAAGAAAUUGUUUUACCCGAGACGUCUCGUGACCUGCAAAUCACCAAAUCAAUGUUGGUCAUCAUGUGGUCUGUGUAGAGUCAAUUAUCAGUAAGAAGGGAGCUUUGCACUUUGAUCUGAGCAAGAUGAAGUAGUCUAAAUGUAACAUUUGUAUUGCUUUUACUCUUAGUUUGCUCUCAGUCUUUAGGUUGUUUCAGUUUUGUUUUACGUUCCGCUGUAUUUUUGCUUGUUUGCACCUGAUCAGAAUGAUCAAACUUAAAUGACGUUGAUACAUUUUAGUUUUUUGGAUUUUGUUUUUUCCAUUUGCAUUGAAUCAACUGCUCUUAUGUUGUAUUGAAAAUCAUUAUGAAGCAUUGAAAAUGACAUUAAUUCACAACAUAAAUUGUCGCUUUCAGGUGCACAUGGACUGCGUGUGCUUCCGUCCGCUUGUACAUAAUGUUUGUUUCUUAUAUUAAGAAGAGUUCAUUCUAAAUUCACAUUAAUCUUCUUCCCAUUAUACGAUUAAAAUUCAUGAAUUCAGAUACACAGGAAGCUUUGCAGCAAAAUCUCAAUGUUGCUGUAUAAAGUCACUAACUGUUAAAUUUCUAGCCAAUGAUGCACAAAAGUAGUUUCAUUCUAAAACGAAGAAAUCCUCAAUGAAAAAUAUCUUCCAAUGGUUUAAAAAAACAACAACAUUUUGCACUCACAUUUAAUCUGUUAAAACUUUCCUGCAGACCCUAACUUGUCGUAAACUAACACUUAUUGGAUAUUUCACAUUUUGGAGGGAAUGUCUUUAAAGAAAUGCAUUUGCCUGCCUUGUAGUUAUAUUUUAAAUAAUGUUCUUAUCAUGUAAAUAUGUUAACUGCCAUUCCAGAUGGUGGAGAGCCAGAAGUGUCUUACUGUAAAUAAAGAAAGCUUUUAAACGCA